CAAAAAGUCCUGCUCUUUCCAGCUCGUCCAUAUCAAAUCAGACCAUCGUCAGGUCAUUCCUCUCUUCUAUACCCUCCUCGCCCUUUUCUCCGAGGCCCAUUCCCCUGCCGCGGGCAUUGAGCGCCACAUCAGUGCUGCUUCCUAUCAGACCUCGCGCUCCCCUCACCCUUCCUGCACAAAUGGCUUCCCUGCUGCAGUCUCUAUCUGCCUCUGCGGUUCGCACGCAGUCGACGAUCGUAUCAGGUCGUCUACACCGCGCUACACAGUCCAUUGCAUCCUCAGGAAUCUGUAGCACAGUGUCUCCUCGCUGUUUCCAAUCUAGAUCGACCGCCUCUCAAACACAUGUUCGGUCUCAGCGCGCUCUUCCUCAUGUAUCCACCUGCCCCCAGCAACGUCGCACCUUUCUCGUACAACUGAAACGCCAAUCUCAAACUCUCAAGGAAAACACCACCGCCGUCACACCUCCCCCAUCAGCCGCUAACCUGCAACUCACAAACCUCCCUUACUUUGUUCGCCGGACACCGUCAAACCAACUACCUGUUUACCUCGUCACAAAGGCUGGUGGGACCAAGCAGCAGACCAAGAUUCAAAAGACAGAAGGCGACCUGGAUUCUCUGAGAAACGAUCUUGCCCGGUAUUUGGGGCUCGAGUCGGGCGAUCCCAAGGGUGCGAAGAGCUCAGAUAUCACCGUCAACCGGCUCAACGGGCAUAUUGUUGUCAAGGGCUGGCGAAAAAACGAGAUCAAAACGUUUCUUCUCGAGCGUAAUUUCUAAUCGACUUCACCAUUCCCGUCCUCCGAUUGCGUGUCGCGUCUUAAUUCAUGACCUUUCUCCACCCCCUGAUACAAUAUCACUUCCUACACAAAAAAGGGACAAAAGAGAAUUCGAACGCAGUACGCCUAUGGAUGACGAGUGAAACAGCGUUGACCAUGUCCGGAUGUUCUCAGUUCCCAUUCCAUCUAUCGAUCUCCGUAACUUGUCCGCGGAGUAAUUUCCGCCUACCUUUUUUUUCUCACCUCUGGUGAUUGACCGUGUAUAUUUCCAGCUAUUUUUCUCUUGUUUGGGAGUUCUGAUCUUUUCCGUAUUCUCAUCCCUGUUUCAUUACUCUAUCCUGGCUUUCGUGUUUCUGGCGUGGCUUAGGCAUUCUGUAUGUAUUAGUGCAUAUUCAAUGAUCUCAUGGCUAUUGAUUUGAUAUCGAAUUGUACUGGUAAGACCGGCUCCAAAUUUCAGGGCACGACGUCACAGCUGUAGGCGCCC